GUAAAUUGGGAUUUAGAAGGUUUUCACAUGUUAUACGUGUUGCCCAAAUCCCAAAUCAUUUGGAAUUUGGGAUGCCAAAAUUCCAAAUUACUAGUAUUUGGGAUUUCGGCAAAAAAUACUAA